AAAGCUGGGGUUCUGAGCGAGUCUUCCGUUUUAGCUUUAGUGUUUUUUUUUUUUUGAGACAGAGUUUUGCUCUUGUUAUCCAGGCUGCAGUGUAAUGGCGUGAUCUCGGUUCACCGCAACCUCCACCUCCUGGCUUCAGGCAAUUCUCCUGCCUCAGCCUCCUGAGUAGCUGGGAUUACAGGCAUGCGCCACCGUGCUCAGCUGAUUUUUGAUCUGUUGACCUGGUGAUCCACCCGCCUCGGCCUCCCAAAGUGCUGGGAUUACAGGCGUGAGCCACCGCGACCGGCCAGCUUUAGUGUCUUUUUCUUGUCCCUAUCCGGGGAGCGUGAGGCAGAUCGGCAGGCUUUGCUCCAGCCCUCAGGAGCAUAAGUUUAGCGGCACAAACCUGGGUGAGAGGAGGCAGUUCUUCCAGCCGGCCAAAAGGGAAAAUUUUUGUUUCGAGGAAGACAACCACCCUUUUUUAAGGAGAGAACUGCAUCUUGCCCUGCCGGAGUUCUAAGCGGUGCCCUGUUGGGGUGUGUGUGGGCCAGGCAAUGACUGCCCAAACUCCACGAGAAACUCAAGUAUGGUGACGUGAAGUUGUGAGUGCCUUUGAUCCUGAACUUAAGCAAAACGCGUGGUCGUGGGCGUUGCUACGAGGUGGUUAGUGGGCUCCAGGGCCUGCGUGCCCCUCGACGUGAGCGGUGAUUGGCGGUGCGGGAUAACGGAUCGCACUCUUGGCCACUCAGUGGCCGGGGACUGGCUGCUUCCGGGUCGAGAGCGUCUGGCGUGGAGAGUUCGGGGACCUACAGGGGCCAAAGGCUUUUCCCUCACUUGAUAUGGCUGCGGCCGGCGAGCGACCGAGUCAUCCGUGAGGAAAGGGAGGCCAGGCUUUUCCGAGAUCGUCUCAGCGAUGGCGCUUCGGUCGCGGUUCUGGGGGUUGUCCUCGGUUUGCAGGAACCCUGGGUGCGGGUUCGCAGCUCUCUCAACCAGCUCCGAGCCAGCGGCGAAACCGGAAGUGGACCCUGUGGAAAAGGAGGCUGUUGCCCCAGAGUUCACCAACCGGAACCCCCGGAACCUGGAGCUCUUAUCUGUAGCCAGGAAAGAGCGGGGCUGGCGGACGGUGUGGCCCUCCCGUGAGUUCUGGCACAGGUUGCGAGUUAUAAGGACUCAGCAUCAUGUAGAAGCAUUUGUGGAGCAUCAAAAUGGCAAGGUUGUGGUUUCAGCAUCCACUCGAGAAUGGGCUAUUAAAAAGUACCUUUAUAGUACGAGAAAUGUGGUGGCUUGUGAGAGCGUAGGCCGAGUGCUGGCACAGAGAUGCUUAGAGGCGGGAAUCAACUUCAUGGUCUACCAACCAACGCCAUGGGAGGCAGCUUCAGACUCGAUGAAACGACUACAAAGUGCCAUGACAGAAGGUGGUGUGGUUCUACAGGAACCUCGGAGAAUCUAUGAAUAAAUGGAAGCAUUAAUUGUUUUGAACAUGUAAAACCGUCAACUACUACAGCCAUCAAAAGAGAACAUCUGAAAGAACAGCCAGCAUGGAAGUUUUACAGCAGUAAUGUCACAGUGGAGUAUUAUUUGUAGUUAAGGUCAUCCUCCUCCUUUCUGUUUUUUAAAUCAAUAACUGCAAUCUGCCCCUCUCUUGGACUUGAAACAGAUCUAAGAAAAGCAGUCAUCAAUUAUAAUUAACUUUCAAAGGACAAGUCAGAAGUUGUUUAUAAAUUACAAAAUAAAGGCAUAUUAUGAACUCUUA